CCGACCGCGUGGUUCAGUCGCGACCGAAACGCCGCAUGGGGAAGUGUCGUCGAUCCCCGCGAACGCGUCUACUUUUUUCGAAGUUCUCUGUACAGUUUUUGUUCUAAAGUUUACGAGAAGGUUUAUGUGCUUCGCGUCUUUUGUCCUGUCGAACUUGAAGGAUACGAGACUGCAUUCGGCGGUGUAGUUAAUGAAGUUUAAUACGUUUGGUGUUGUUUUUUUUAUUUUCUGUUAUUGUUGAGAUUUUUUUUGUUUGGUGCAUCGUGCCGGUCCGGUGUGCGGCCGACUAUCGAGGCACCAAGCCUGGACCCGCGGUAACGGACCUCAAGGGACAUAGCCUCUAGGGCGUGUAAUUGUGGUGGUCGGUGCGAGCGGUCCCCGCUCCAAACGUCAAGCUGGCAGCGAGCGCGCUUAGCAUGAACCCGCACUACCACGGGUACGCGGAGCUCAGCUCGCCGCACCCGUCGUCGCCCGAGGCAGCCUUCGCUGCCAACGGGCACGACUACCCGCACAACAACAACAACCCGGCGCUCAAGGAGUGCUCCGGCUGCGGCGGCAAGAUCGUGGAGAGGUUCCUCCUGCACGCGCUAGACAGAUACUGGCACCACGGCUGUCUGAAGUGCACGUGUUGUGGGCAGGCGCUCGCGGACAUUGGCCGGUCGUUUUACUUCAAAGGAGGCAUGAUACUGUGCAAAAAUGAUUACACGAGAAUGUUCGGCUCAAGCGGCGCGUGUGCGGCGUGCGGGCAAGCGAUCCCCGCAAGCGAGUUCGUGAUGCGGACGAACGCGCCGCAGCAACCCCUCCACGUGUUCCACAUAAAGUGCUUCGCGUGCUCCAAGUGCGGCUCACACCUCAUGCAGGGCGAUAGGUACUACAUGCUCGCGGGGUCACUAGUCUGCGAGCAGGACUGGCAGAAGUUAAUGAAGAACGCGAACGCAGCGACACCCGGCGCGCCUGUACGCAAAGGCAAAGUGGGUCGCCCGCGCCGCUCGCGCGAAUGAGCGUUGCCCGCGCCCGCGUCCGCGCCCGCGCUCGCUCAGCUCUCGCAUCGGGACUACGAGGAGAUGAUGGCGUGCUCAUAUCUAAGCGCAUCGGGACCGAAGGCUCAACCUUCAGUGGCGGGGUGUUGGACCCCACCCUACUCUCUACCAGAGCCGGAACCCCCCCGCAUGGCGCCCUACCCACCAGCGUGCGCCCACGACACCGAACCUGCGCUCGACCUGACCACGACCAUCAAACCUCGAACCCCCAGUGACGGUGACACCUAGUGACAGUGUUGUGCUAAAGACUAUUGAACUUUACGGCACUAGUAAAUUAUUACUCGCGGCACUUUUACUUAUUAAAUACUUAUUAGUCUCAACCGAUGAUGUUAUAAGUAAAGAAAUGUAUUAUGCGUUACGUUGACGACGGUUAAUGUUGACAAAUGGCACGGAACCCACUCUUUGUAUUUCGAAAGCAAGUUUUAAAGGGAAUACACGCAAUAAUUAGUCAAUGAAAAUAAUAUUUACCGUCAUAUUGCCGAGGUACAAGUUUUACUGUCGUACGAUUUUAGACAACCUUGAAUUGACAAUUAUAUUGAGAACUUAUAAAAGAGCAUUAGGUCUCUUGCGUCGCAGACCAAAUUUUCAUAAUAUAGGUAAAUCAUAAUGUACGAGUAAAAAUAUGACGACUGAUCCCUAACUACCCAUAACUCCUAUAAAACCAAACGUUAUAAGCCGAGACCCUAGUCUCACAGAAGACCCCAAGAUAAAUGGAAAACUUAACCGUAUAAAAAUACUUUCCGUCCCAACGUUCUCUUUGCCCCGUCUUGGUCUGGACGGUUUUUCUAGCCCUAUUAAUUAUUAUUUAUGACAGUGCCUCUGCGCUCACGCAAGUCCCUGAUAAUCCUAAUGCAUCUACAGAAAUUAAUGUCUAUUCAAUCAGAAAAAAAAAACGAAUUUUCCAAAAAUACAUUAUCAGUUUACGUGCAAUAUAUAUGUCAGUGCGCAUGAUGUUCUUGUAGCCUUAAAUAAAUUGUUUUCCUGCCCAUUAUCAACAUUAACGAGUCAUUAGUAUAAUCUACAUUGGUCUCAACGAGUAUGCGGUUAGUAAUAAUUGGCCAGGUCCUUGUUAAGUUAUAUUUGGCAAGUCGGUACAUUCGUCACCAUAGCUAAAAGUUACUUAGAUAAACGAAAAUGAAGCUAGACAUGUUUAUAGCCUAUUUAUUCUUAUUUCUAUCAAAUGAUGAAAAAAUAGCAAUACUUUAGUACACCAUUUUACAAUCUCAUAGUCAACGAUAUUUUAUACUAUUAGAUAUGGCUCUAACGGGAAACUGAGGCAAACAAAAGCGCCCAAUUGGCCUAAUUUAAUUUAGUCGCAUAGUUUAAACAUAAUAUUGUCUACAAUGUGUUCAGGAAGUGUAAAAACUAUAUGUACUUAAAUAAAUUUUAAUGUAAGUAAACACAAAAUUGUGCAUAUGUGCGUUUAGUGAAUUUGCUGAGAUCCUUUUUUUCCGAUUAUUUUGUAGGCACGUAACAUGUCUAAUAGUAUAAAAUAUCAUUGUAAAUAAUGAAAAAUCAGCAUGUACUUAUUAAUGAAUUAAUUUUGUAAAAAUGGAAACUUGUUGUGAUUUAUAGAACAGUUUAACUAAUCUCUUUGUUAUUUUGUUUUUAUGACCAUCGAUUUGUACAUAAAAACUAAUUUUAAUAUGUAUUUUUUUUCUACUCGUGGUUACUGUUAUAAAAUAUUCCGACAUGGCCAUGCUAAAGUAUAAAUAUGUUAGUCUGUGCUGGCGUUUGUACCCACUAAAUAUUUAAUUUCGGUUGUGAAAAUGGCAAUUUAUGUAAAACUUACUCGCUGCUAUGUAAAUUUUCUUGCAAUUGUGAAUGGGGACGUGUUAAACACAAGUGCGUUGUAUCUUUUUAAAAAGUGAUAAUUUUAUGUAAAUGGUGAAACGAUAACGGCAUAUCUUAUAUAAUUAAGUGGUAUAAGCAAGUAAUUAUAGAGCUCCAUACAAAGAAUAAUUAAAUACGCUACAAACAACCGUUUCAUCGAUUUUGUUUACUCUUGAACACUUUCACCGCUAUGGACAUUUUGUAUAAAAAUUUAUAAAUCGAAAAUUUUAUUUAUUACUAUUGUACUUGAUGAAGUUUCGAUAUUAUUUAAGCCACGUAUUCAUUAUAACUGCAACAUAUUGUACAUACAUAAGAAAUCAUAUAUAUUUUCUGAAACUUUUUUUAGUUUUGAAAUUAUACACUUUUAUUAAAAGUUUUCGCAAAUAUUUCGAUGGAUGUGGACAGCGGAUGCGGUUGCGUUUUUGUUUUAUGAAUCUGAAACAGCCCCGUACUUUUUUUGUUCUGUUCAUAUUCAUUAUAACUGCAUAGUACAUAAACAUAUAUAAGAAACCAUUUUUAUUCUCUGAAACUUGGACAUACAUUACGAUAUUACACAUUUAUAAAAAUGGCUGUAGACAUAAAGUCACUUGGUAUCGUUGCGUUUCCAUUUGAUGAAUCCCAAACAGUCCCGUACAUUUUUAUUCCGUUUGCAGUUAUACUUGAUGAAUACGUGGCUUCAUUUUCUUUGUUUUUACAAAACUAUCACUAAUAUAAUGUCGAAAUCCUGUUAAGUAUGUAUUAGUAUGCAAAUCACUUUAUAAUUAUAUAACUAAAACUCAAUGAAUUUAAAUGAAGCAAUAAAUUUAAUUUGUACUACGUCGCUCAUGUAAUAAAAUGUUAAUUCUUGCCAAAAUGUACCUUUUACACCUAAUUAACGUUAUUUAAUUCUACAAAAUUUUCUCUCGCACGCAUACGCUGUGAUUUGCAAACUUUGUAAAUAAACUCGAAUAAAAUUUGUUAUUUCGUUUAUAAUUAACGUGCUGUUACUUAAAUCUUCUAAUAGCCCGUUUAUAAUAUUCAUUAAAUUUUGUAAAUAUUAGUGUAAAAUCUAGAUUUAAGUAGACACUUGUACCUAAAGUUUAGGCGCAGACUUAGCAAUAAUUUUGAUGCCAACGUCUUCGAAGUUUACACUCUGGUUACUUACUCGUAUGGUCACUGUAUAUACAGGUCUAAACUCUCUAUCGUGAACUAAAUAAAAUAUCUACAAAGAAAAAAGUCAGAUUCUAGAUUGAAUUCUCGCAAAUAUGAUAGAAUGAUGAAAGAUGAAAUAUUAAAAAAAAACGAGAUCUAUAGAAGAACUUAACUUACAUUCGAUCAAUCAAUCAACCAAUCAUUUAUUUCAAAUAGACUUAGUUUACACGCUCUAUCGAAAUCGAUCGACAUAAUUGUGCCUAAAUGUUCGAGUGAUAUUACUUCUUCUGUUGUCCAUUUUUGUCCACUUUUACGAUUUUAUUUUAUAUGAUCGAUGAUCGAAGAAACAAUAGCAUUUCAUAGAGGGAAUAAACUCAUAUAGAAAGACACAAGUCCAUGAGACAUGAGGCUUCUUCCUAGAAAUCCAUUUAUUUAUUUAUAUAUGAAAGAAUAAAUAGACAGUACCUAGUCUCAUCGGUAAAGGUUUUUAUUUUUCUACGGAUCUCUAACAAAAGCGAGUGAGAACUAGAAUCUGACUAAUAAGUAAUGUUAAACGCUAACAUUCCUUUUCAUUAUUAGGUAGAACAAGUUUAACAUAUUAUACUUACAUAAAGUUUCAAAUUGUACCUUCAGUAUCGUCGGUGUUUCAUAGCUAACGGCAUGUUUUAAUACAUUAAUUGAUAUUGUUCAGGGCAUUAUUUUUUCGUCUUACUGCGGCUCUUUAGUUAAUUAGAUUAGUGGAUCCAAUGGAUUGAUGAUAGUGAAAAUAAAUAAUAUGAAACAAAUAAAUGUUUUAAUUGAUGUUUAGUAUUCUAAUCUCUAAAUAGCAAAUAGGUUAUUGAGUAAUAUAUAUUUAUUUAUUUAUAAAUAUCUUCAUGAUUUUAAUUACCUAAAGCGUCUAAAAGUCUGAGUAAAAUACAAGAGCCGAUAAUGUGACACGAAAAAAUUAUCGCCAUUAUUAUGAAUGAUUGAAAUACAUAAUGUCUUAAGAUAUUAGUAUAAUUACAGACUACUACUACUACUUCACUAUCGUUUAGGGCUACUUUAUACACGGGCUACGUGGUUAUCCUCACAAAUUUUAGACAUAUUGGUUUUCGUAACAUUUGGCUCAACGAUUAAUAAUGAAGCGAUCCUAAGCCCUAAUACGCACGAGCGCUUUUUAACGUACCUACUAUAAAAAAGCGUUCAAAUACAACAAAUGCAUUUCCAAGUAUAUAUUCACGCGACAGCGUUUUUAAAACACGACGCUUUUUUUCAAGCUGUGUUUCAUUUUCAACUUUGACCGUGGGAAUUAGACCUUCAUUUAAUUUGAUACUAUAUUUGAACGCUUUUUAACGUCCGUUAAAAAAGCUCUCGUGCGAAUAAGGGCUAAAUCAAACGCAUGUUGGACGUAAAGCUCGGUGCAGACAUAAAGUAUUAUAUCCCGGACGGCACGGGACGUAGUCUUAUAAUGUUUUGGAGAAUCGUAUCAUACAACAUACAUACGAAUGUAUACGUCACGGGGUUAAGGACGGGACGGCGAUGUUGCCAUUCUCCCGUUGCCUACAACAUUUCGAUCGGUUUAUUGUUUAAACUAAUUGUAAAAUCUUAAAAGUACCUUUACAUUUUACAAAUAACAUUGAGUAGGUAUAAUUAUUCUAGAUGUCAUAAAUGUUCCAUAAUUCGCACUCUGAGGAUAUUAAACGUAGCCCUUGUAUAAAUUUUAUAGUGCCAUAUUCACACACAUCAGUGGCGUGCUGUCAGGGACUUCAUUCUCAGGCUUCAGGAUAUUCAUGGUUAUCAGCCUAUAGAUGAAUAUCAAUUCUAUCCAAUGCAAUGCCUGCCGUAUAAUUUGACUUAUUAUUUGAUACCAUAUUGAUUAUGCUUCAUACUUGCAUUUAAGGAUCAUAGCACACAUAUUAAUCGGAAAAUGGAUCAUGACCAUAUCGACACGGCUACGGCUACGGCCGUGCUUAUUCGCCAAACCGCAGGUUGACGACGAGACGAUACGCGGGCGGAGUAACCGUCACUCCGCCCGCGUAUCGUCUCGUCGUCAACCGGCGGAAACGUAGAAUACCUACGCGUAUGUAUUCUACGCGCAUAUGUUCUACGCGUAUCAGAUGUAUGUAUUCGGGUACGAAGAGACGGAAGAGUGGCUGCGGCGAGUCGCGCUUUUAUGGCAAAGCGAUUACGUUACGGUUCCGAUUAGUGUGCGUUGUUGUGAGGAAUUUUAUACAAAUAAUACUGGACUGCUCGAAUUGAUACAGUGGCGAUCCCUUUCCGAGUUAAUGUAUGACCUUUUUAAUAUCACGUCCCUGACGGUUUGACAGUAAGGCCGGAAGCCCAGAAAGCACUGAAUCCGUUGUGUGUGAACUGACACUUACGAAACAUGUGACGAACAUUUUGCAUAGUACCUAUAGAGUAUAUUUAUGUACAAUAAAAAUAAUGUUAGCGUUUAGUGAAUCUUGCCAUUUCUCCGCGUGUUUUACGAGAAAUUGUUCAGACCGAUGAGCUUUUGAAAUAAUUGUGAAAUGUUGGAAAAUGUAGCGAAAACUGUACCUAUACCUCGUCUGGCAAUUUUUAGUAAAUAAACAGUACGGUGUUACCACUUACAAAAGUAAACAAAAAACAUUACAACUUUAUAGCCUAAGGUUAAAGACAAGAGGAGGAGAAAUUAAAUUUUGUAAAGUAA